AUGCGACCUGUCACUAUUCCCAAGUUGAUCAUCAGCGACUGGGAUGAAACAGUGACGGUACGUGACACCAUUGCGACGGUAGCCCAAGUGGCCUACACGGCAAAACCCGAGUACCCAAAGCCGUUCGACCAUUACGUAAACGUCUAUACACAACUGUAUAAGGCAUAUGUUUCAGAUUGGAGAAGCAAAGGGAACCAAUACCCUACUGUAGAUUUGGAAUCAGAGGAGGAGUUCCAACGACACUUCCACCAGGUGGAGGUAAGCAGCGUUAAAGCCAUUGAAACCGAUGGUCUCUUCAAAGAUGUGCCUGUUAAGUCGUUCAAUGGCGUCACAGUUGACAUUGACCAGGGGUUCAAAGCUGUUGCACUUGAAGCAGCUGCAAUGAGCAUCCCCUUGGUUAUCUUAAGUAUCAAUUGGACGGAGUUAAUCAUCUACAACACUCUUAGGAAACACAAGAUCCCAGUGCUGAAAGUCAUUGUCAACAGGUUACAAACCAACACUGCCAAAGAUCGGUUGACGGGGUCAUGGGACCCUCGAUGGGAGAUAAGAACGGCUUUUGACAAACGUCGUUGGGUCCAAAGGUUAAUGAAAGAGCACAACAUCGCCAAAGAAGACAUUUGGUACGUUGGAGAUUCUCUGACUGAUUUGCUAGCAAUGCUAGAGACUCAGGUACCAGUGAUGGUCCCUACGGGCCGAGGCUUGGGCAAGGCAUUGGACUUGGGAUUAAGAGUGCUUCCUUUAUCCACGGCUGUUGCUAACCAGAAAUGUAUAUACGAAGGAACAUGGGAAGAUGUACUUGAUUUGUUGCAUGCGUAG